UAUAAAAAUACUGUCACAAGAAUAUAAUAGUGCCUGGUACACAAUAUAUCACAAAUUAUAUCAUAAUAAAUAUUGGAUCAAGUCCUUGUGGCCAUGGACAUCGAGGACAUGGAUACAUCUCCAUAUCUAAAUCAGACGAGUGCGCCAAUUAAUAUACCAAAUUCUCAGCGUUUCCCAAACUGUGUUCCGCGGAACACUAGUGUCUUCCGUCUUCUGAGUGUUCCGUGGAAAAAGAAUCAAAAAUACGUCUGAAUUGGUCGCCAUGGAAAUCUAGGGAUCGUGAAGUUGUUGCCCAACAUCGCGUCACCGUCGGCCUGAAGCGGAAUAACUAGGGUAGGGGCAAUUUCCUUAACCGUCGGCCUAGCUUUUUGACUGUUAAGUUCAUUAUUAAGUUUACAGCAAUCCUUUUGGUUUUGCUAUGGGCAAACAAGUCGGUCUAAAGCAUAAAGGUAAAAGUUCAACUCUUUUUCCUCCAUCUCUGCCUGGUUUUACUUUGAAAUGCUGAAAAAAUUACUCAUGUUCGCUAAACUCGAUUCAGCAGAUAAAUAAGCUGCAGGUCUGCAGUUCGCGAAAGUGCAGCAAGUACUUCUAUCUCAAUUAGACGUAACAUUGCAGGCCAACACUACGUAAUGGAAAGUAACGACAUAGAAAGAUAACGGCUCGUUUUAAUGAAAAGAGAAGUGGAGAUAAUGAUCGCAUUGAUAAAAUGAGACAAGUGUUUUCAGAACGAUAUUCGUGUAUUGGAUCAGCAGGAGAUAUAGCAUAUGAUUCUCCAAAGUUACCACGUCCUUCGAAUGAUUUCAAUAACGUUAUGGUUAAAUUUCGUGGAAACGUUAUGAAUGUUGCAGAAUCUUGUCCGACCUACGGAAACCGUCUUAUUAGUCCAAUUUCACCAUCACACGGAAGUGAUACGACGCUACAAAUUUUACCUCUUUCAUCUGCACUGUCGCCAAAUAGUGGAAGAAGAAGGCCAACAAGAAAUGUUCAUUUUGAUGAAACAACUAUCACCGUGACGGCCGAAAUGGGCGAGUCUGCUGCACGCUUUCGUUCUCGUUGGAGACAAAAAAACGGAUUAUCGUCAAGCCCCCCGAUUAAGUUUGGUACAAAAAACAUUGUUGUCCGACAUGAUGAACUAUCUUCAGAACAGCAUGUUGUCGAAAGUUCUUGUAAAGACGACAAAACUAAUUUAACAAACAGAGGAAAAUCUAUUUUUGAUGCUUGUAAUUAUUCUCAGUAUGGACGAUAUACGUGAAGCAAAAAGUCGAAGCCGAAGGUACUUCUCCGGAGUAUGAAAAUCUUUCGUUUCGUUCGAACAUAUUUUUUGCAGCAUUUACCACGCUGCAAUAAAAACUCUCUUCCAGAUUUAAUGAUUUUAUUUAUUGAAAAAUCUGCGUUUUGAUGUCAUAAAUUUCUGCUAAUAUAAAAUAAAAAUGUAAUAAACCUGCAACGACUGGGAUUCGAUUAAAUUCAUGAUUAAAAAUGAUAGCUUUUAGUAUUUGUGAAAAAAAGUGUAAAUGUAAAGGUUCAAAUUAUAUUCGAAUUGUAUAACGAAAUAUGUAAGAAACUUUUCAGGAGAAAUCCGACAUUUCCUAUAUUGCUUUCACUUGUCCUUCUUAACACUUCUGGAAAUUCUUAAGAAUGUAUUGCUCAAAUUAUCGUAAAUAUUGGCUUUAGACGCCGAUAUUAUCUUCUGCUUUAUGUUGUGUUUGAUAUAAACUGAUAUUAGUUUGUUGGUACUUGCUACAAGAUCUCCAAAAUUGCUGAAAAUUUACUCGAAAUUGUCUUAUAUUUGCCUAUAUUAUCAAGCAUACAAAAACACAAAUUGACCUCUUUCUGUACUAAACAAAUUAAUAACUCUCGCUGCUGGCAUAGAAAAUCAACAUUUAUACAUUUGCAUUGUCUUUGUUUUAUUUUAUGUUAUUUUUUAUAGCUGCCUAUUUAAUUUAGUUUAUGUUUUUUUGUGAAUAUUUGAUUAAAUGGACUCAUUGAUAUUAAAUAUACCUAUUAGAUAUUUCUUUUUCGACCAGUGCGUCUAUUUAUUAUACACAGAGUUAGUAUACUACCCCGCAACCGUAGAUAUAAAUCAUAUCCAUACAAAUGUAAUUACUGUGCUGUAAUUAUCAUUUAUAAUUCAGUUAAUUUAUAUGUAAUUAGUUUAUGAUGUUUUUGUUGUCCUAAAAUCUCUUGCCAUUUUGACGAACAAAAUUGGCAUCAACCAAUCUCUAUUUUACUCGAAAGUUUGUAAACUUGAAAAUCAAAUCAGUCUUGAAAUAUUGAUAGUAGAUUUUUUAAUCAAUUUCAAUCAAUUCUACUGUGUUAAAAUUAACACUUUGACCACCAUUUUUAUUUCGAAUAAUUUAUUUUUGAAAAUGAAACCUUUAGCUUCAAUAAAUUUCAUUCAU